AUGCAGCCAACGUACCAGCCACCGCAGUUCAACCGAUCGCUGAGUCCCUGCACGACGUCGCUGCCUGCCAUUGCCCAGCCACGAUCCGGUUCAACGCACCUGCCUCAACAGUCCCGGGAGUUUAUUGAUUCGGGGCAGCCGCAAUAUCUCAACAAUAUAACCAACCUCUUGGUUCGAUCGCCCUCUCCUGCCCAACUUGCUACCGUAAACGAUUACAACGUGAAAUUACGUGUGUAUAGAUUGGACCAAGCCGCCUUGCUCGCCCGUGUGACCGCUUGGUUUGACGAGAACAUUGAUGAUGAAAAUAUAGCAGCGGAGAACAUUGAUAAUACUCUCACGAUGGUAUUGAGUGAGGAUAUUCCCGAAGACAUUAACGAUGUUUCUAACAAUGCUACUCGCAAUGAUGGUGUUACUCUUGAUGUUCUAGACGACGAGCCCUAUAAAGAGAUCCUCGUGAACGAAAAUAUGAUGCCUCAAGUGCUCGUUGAGGCAUAUGAUGACAAGAUUGGUGAUGGAAUUACUGUUCCAACACAUAGUGAAUUGGAGAUAAAAUAUGAUAUAGAGACUUUGCUUGAGGAGAAUGUUGUCGGCUAUGCGGAUAUCUGUAUUCACGUUAAGAGCCUAUCUAAUAGAAUUAUUGGAGCAACAAAUAUUAAGAGCUCAGGAUCCCAUAUAAAUAUUAUGAGGGGAGGUCUCGCCAAAGCUUAUGUUCGCGAUGCUCUUCAUUGUGUCGUGGUUCCCACCUUGAGGACGAGGUGGAUUUUAACCGCGGGGGAGAAUCUUGUCCUGGAAUUGGCAGGGAAGAAUGCACCUGAAAAUUUUAGGAAAAGCUUUGUCAAAAUGCUGCAGAAUCUUCUCUAUUUGGAGCAUCUGUCAAUAAAAGUCCGCGGAACAGAAAUUGAUGCAUAUAGCUUGACUUCUGUAGAUCUUUUUCUACCCAAAACUUUAAAAUCCCUGAAAAUGCAGCUAGUGAAUGAACAAGAUGCUGCUCUGUUCAUUGAGAAACUUGGAGAUGAUGGAGAGAGUUUAAGAAAAAUUGCAAAUUCUAGUAUGACUAUUACCUCUUAUCACAGAUUUUGUGGUUUUACAUUGACAUGUCUGUCACUAGUCUUGGAUGUAAUAUCUGAUAGACUUAUGGCCUCAAUUACCAGCUCACUUCGACUUUUGGUUGAGUUAGACCUUGAAGACCGGCAAUGCUCAGAAGCAAAAGUACAUCAUGACUUGACUAACAGUGGUCUGUUGCUUUUAGGCUCUUGCCAGUACCUUACCCAUCUCUCAAUCGUCAGAAGUAGGGCAAAUUACCCAGCUUCCUUUAAACGAGUAAAUGAUGUGGGCGUAUUAGUCCUUGCCGAGAGUUGCCGGGGCUUAGAAUCUGUAAGACUUGGUGGGUUUAGUAAAGUUACUGAUGCUGGAUUUUCAUCUCUAGUGCACUCGUGCCACAACUUGAAGAAGCUGGAAAUUCGCAACGCACCAUUGUUGUCAGACUUGGCGUUUCAUGACAUGAUUGGUGCUGUGUCCCCCCUGGUCGAGUUGAAAAUGGUGUCAUGUAACCUGAUUACUAGUGAAGCUUUAGCAGAACUAGCUUCAUCUAGUACUUUGGAAUUGCUAGAUACAUAUAAUUGCAGGAGCAUUGCAAACACCUGCCUUGACUAUAUAUCACGCCUCAGUAAGCUGACCUCCAUUAAUCUCGAGGGUGCUGAUAUUACAGAUAGCGGUCUUGGUGCUCUGAGUAAAGGUGAUCUACCAAUAACUAGUCUAUGCCUUCGAGGGUGUACUAGAGUGACAGACAAAGGAAUUAUCCGGUUGCUAAACGAUGGCAUUAGAAUCAAGGAAAAAUUGUCAUCUCUCGAUAUCAGCAACAUGCCAGGAGUAUCAGAUAGAGCAAUACGUGCUGUUAUUUCAUGCACCGAUGCCCUUACUGAGCUAUGCAUGAGAAGCUGCUUUCAUGUUACGAAUGAAACUUUUCACAUAUUGGCUUCAGGAAAGUGUGAUGGAAGAAACCUCCUCCGGAAACUGGAUAUAAGUCACUGCAUCGGAUUCUCGGGUGGAUUUGUAGAGUUACUACAAGAGGGGCAUUCAUUCCGUGGUUUACGGUGGCUUGGUGUUGCUGGUACUUAUUUGGUGAAGAGCGUUGCUUCAAUCUGUAGAUUGCAGCCUUUCCUUACUGUUUGUUUUGAAGGCUGUGAAGUUGGAUGUCACGACGGUUGGCAAUACCACACAUGAUGAGAGUAACAAAGUAUCACACAAGAAUGAAGAAUGUGUUGUAUGUAUGAUAAGUUAGCAUUACAGUUUAAAGCCAAACUUUGUCGACCUUACUAAGAUGAUCAAUAUGAUCUGCUAGGUGUAAACUCUGUUUUUCACUGACACUGCAAUUUGUACUAGAUUUUUGAUGUACUACUAUAUUAUUUCUUCAAUGCUAAAUUAGUAUGGAUUUUUAUUUUUACUA